AGCGGCAGCGCGCAGGGCAGGGCGCGAGCCGGCCUCGGAGCCCCGGCCUCGGACCGCCCCCUCCGCCCCCUCCGCGCCCGGCACGCCCGGCGCCGCCUCUCGGCCCCGGGUCCCUGGCCCGGCCUCUGCCAGUCUGCUUCGCGGCGCGGGCGGCUCCGGAGGUCUUAGCGAGCGCGGCGCGGUAACAAGUGGGCGAGGAUGCCGUACGAGAUCAAGAAGGUGUUCGCCAGCCUCCCCCAGGUGGAGAGGGGCGUCUCCAAAAUCAUUGGCGGAGACCCCAAGGGCAACAAUUUUCUUUACACCAAUGGAAAGUGCGUCAUUCUAAGGAACAUCGAUAACCCAGCCCUUGCUGACAUCUACACGGAGCACGCCCAUCAGGUCGUCGUGGCCAAGUAUGCACCCAGCGGGUUCUACAUCGCCUCCGGAGAUGUAUCUGGAAAGCUGAGGAUCUGGGAUACCACGCAGAAGGAGCACCUCUUAAAGUAUGAGUAUCAGCCUUUCGCGGGGAAGAUCAAGGACAUUGCUUGGACAGAAGACAGUAAGAGGAUCGCAGUGGUCGGGGAAGGAAGGGAGAAGUUUGGAGCUGUCUUCCUGUGGGACAGUGGCUCUUCCGUGGGUGAGAUCACGGGACACAACAAAGUCAUCAACAGUGUGGACAUCAAGCAGAGCAGACCCUACCGGCUGGCCACGGGCAGUGAUGAUAACUGUGCUGCAUUCUUUGAGGGGCCACCAUUCAAGUUCAAGUUCACAAUUGGCGACCACAGCCGCUUUGUCAACUGUGUGCGAUUCUCUCCUGAUGGGAACAGAUUUGCUACGGCCAGCGCCGAUGGGCAGAUCUACAUCUACGAUGGAAAGACGGGAGAGAAAGUGUGUGCUCUGGGAGGUGGCAAGGCUCAUGACGGAGGCAUUUACGCUAUCAGUUGGAGCCCUGAUAGCACCCAUUUGCUUUCUGCUUCCGGAGACAAAACCUCGAAGAUUUGGGAUGUCAGUGUGAACUCUGUCGUCAAUACGUUUACAAUGGGCUCCACCGUUCUGGACCAGCAGCUGGGCUGCUUGUGGCAGAAGGACCACCUCCUCAGCAUCUCCCUGUCUGGGUACAUCAACUACCUAGACAAAAACAACCCCAGCAAACCCCUGCGGGUCAUCAAGGGUCACAGCAAAUCCAUCCAGUGUCUGACGGUGCACAAAAACGGUGGCAAGUCCUAUAUCUACUCCGGGAGCCACGAUGGACACAUUAAUUACUGGGAUUCAGAGACAGGGGAGAACGACUCCUUCGCCGGAAAGGGCCACACAAACCAGGUGUCCAGGAUGACGGUGGACGAGUCUGGGCAGUUGGUGAGCUGCAGCAUGGACGACACAGUGCGCUAUACCAGCCUCAUGCUGAGGGACUACAGCGGGCAGGGAGUUGUGAAGAUGGACGUCCAACCCAAGUGCGUGGCUGUGGGCCCCGGAGGCUAUGCCGUGGUCAUCUGCAUCGGGCAGAUUGUCCUGCUCAAGGACCAGAAAAAGUGCUUCAGCAUCGACAGCCCUGGCUAUGAGCCGGAAGUGGUGGCAGUACACCCCAGUGGUGACACAGUGGCCGUCGGGGGCACGGACGGAAAUGUUCGCUUGUACUCCAUCCUGGGCACCACACUGAAGGACGAGGGCAAGCUCCUGGAGGCCAAAGGCCCCGUGACUGAUGUGGCAUAUUCCCAUGAUGGCGCCUUCCUCGCUGUGUGCGAUGCCAGCAAAGUGGUCACAGUCUUCAGCGUUGCUGAUGGCUACUCGGAGAACAAUGUUUUUUACGGACACCACGCGAAGAUCGUCUGCCUGGCCUGGUCACCAGACAACGAGCACUUUGCCUCUGGUGGCAUGGACAUGAUGGUGUACGUCUGGACCCUGAGUGACCCCGAGUCCAGGGUCAAGAUCCAAGAUGCGCACCGACUUCACCACGUCAGCAGCCUGGCCUGGCUGGACGAGCACACGCUGGUCACAACGUCUCAUGACGCCUCUGUCAAAGAGUGGACAAUCACCUACUGAGGACCCCCUCCGUUGGACGGACCGAAUCAGGGACUAGAGCUUACGCAGCCGAACACGUCAUUUCUCCCAGUCUCUCUGCCAUGCGCCCCCAUGUCCCCGCCCGCUCAGGAGGGGGGGCCUUACCGCGCGCGUACCCUCGGCUCUCCGCAGGGUGUCCGUACCUGUACACGUCCUUCUGAAAGCUUUAGACAGUGACAGUUUGCACAUGAAAAAUAAAGCAAGCACUUAAACAACGUGUGGAGCGUAACUGAAACCCACCACCCACCCAGUCCGAGUGCAGAACAUUCCAGAGGCAGAGCCUCGAAAGCACACAGACCCGCCCCUGCGGCUCCUGCUGUCUGGCCGGGGAGGCUGCGGCUGUGGGCCGCAUCCCUCUCUGCGAAUCCCUUCCCUGCAGACUCCCUCCCCGCAGAGUGCCCUGCGCCCGGCCCAGCAAGGGACCCUGGGACAGCUCAGCCCUGCAGAGUUCUGCAGAGCAGGUGCCGCUGGGAGGCCUGGGUUGUGCAACCUGCUGUGCAGCCGCCCCGGCGACUGACAGGGUGCACUCACAUGAAUCUUGGGGUCACUGUCUGUUUUUGUGCUUGAUUCUAAGAAUGGAACUGUGGGAUUUUUUUUUUUUAAUGUAUCUUAACUGUUGCCUGUCUGUGUUUACAGGCUCGCACGCCAAGGGUGCCACCGCCUCUGGGCGUUGAGAGCCCAAUUAGCCAGACCCAGGUGUCUCAGCCACUGUUUUGCUCUCCCGCUUCAAUGUGUUUCUGUCUUUCUUUCCCCCUUCUGCCCCCAAGAGCAAAAGUUAAUUUAAAGGCAGAGGUGACGUCACUGUAAACUAACCUGUUAUGGUUUUCACUUUUUUUUUUUUUCAGUGCAGAAAUUAAAAGUAAGUAUAAAGCACGGUGAUUUGUAGUUUUUUUGCGUGUGUUGGAAUUACUGGUAAUUGUUGGCUGAGAGCAAUCGCUCCCUUUGCACUUGUGAAAACACUUUGAGCGCUUUAAGAGAUAAGACCAAGAAGUGAUUAAAUGUCUUUCUCUUCACUGUG